AUGGCUAUUACACAAACUGAACUGGAUGGUAUCUUACCAUUAAUUGCAAGAGGUAAAGUUAGAGAUAUAUAUGAGGUCAAUUCGGAAGUAUUACUAUUUGUAGCAACAGAUAGAAUAUCUGCUUAUGAUGUGAUAAUGACAAAUCCCAUCCCAGAUAAAGGUAUUCUUUUAACCAAAUUAAGUGAAUUUUGGUUUAAUCUUUUAAAAAACGAUAUAAGAAAUCAUUUAUAUCCAAUUGCUAGUGGUAAGACCAUGUGGGAUUAUUUACCAAAACAAUUAAGUGAAGAUAAUAAAUAUAAAGAACAAUUAGAUGGCAGAGCAUUGUUAGUACGUAAAUUUAAAUUAAUUCCAUUAGAAGUGAUUGUUCGUGGUUAUAUUACUGGAUCUGCAUGGAAAGAAUAUAAAAAACAAGGUACUGUUCAUGGUGUAUUACAAGAAGAUUGUCAUAUGGAUGAAUCUCAAGAGUUUAAGACUCCAAUCUUUACACCUUCGACUAAGGCCGAACAAGGACAACAUGAUGAAAAUAUAUCUAUAGAACAAGCCGAACAACUGAUUGGUAAAGAAUUAUGCAAACGUGUUGGUGAUCAAGCUAUUGCCUUAUAUACUAAAUGCAGAGAUUAUGCUCGUACUCAUGGUAUAAUCAUUGCAGACACAAAAUUUGAAUUUGGUAUUGAUGAAACUACAGAUGAAAUCGUACUAGUUGACGAAGUAUUAACACCAGAUAGUUCUAGAUUUUGGAAUGGCGCACUUUAUACAGUUGGGAAACCACAGGAUUCUUACGAUAAACAAUUCUUAAGAGAUUGGUUAACUGCUAACAAAUUGAAUGGUGUCGAUGGGGUCACUAUGCCUGGAGAUAUCGUGACACGUACUAGAGCCAAAUAUGUUGAGGCUUACGAGGCAUUAACUGGUGAUCGUUGGUCUCAAUAG